AUGUCUACGGAUAGAGCACCUAGGAUCCCAAAUGAUCAAUGGGAAUCUCAUAAGGGCAUAAUCAAGGCGCUGUACCUCGACCAGAACAAGACCAUCAAGGAGAUCGAGAAGUUCAUGAGUGACAACUGUCAGUUUCAUGCUACAGAGAAACAGUAUGUUCGCAAGGUCACAGUCAACUGGAAGCUCCGAAAGAAUGCCACCAAGGAAGAAUGGGAGCAAGCGAGCGCAUUGGUUCUGAAGCGCAAAGCUGAAGGCAAAGCAACUGAACUCACAAUCCACGGCAAGAUCAUACCAGAUAAGAAGAGGAAGAAGGAAACUAAGAGAUACGCCCCGAAGAAUCUUUUUGUUGCUCGGACACCUUCAGCAGCCAAUCGAGAUAUUACAUACUUCACUGUACCGUGGUUCAAUCUCCAGUCCCAACUUACUGGUCUUGGGUCACUUUUGCGUUCCUUUGGGAACAGAAGUGUAUUGGACCUGGAUCCUGAUAUAACACUUUCCAAUGUGUUGACGUUAGUUGACGAACAAAUACCAUUCAACCACAGUCACCAGAAAGAAUUACAAAACCAGCAAACUCCAGUUUCUGGGUCCUGGCCUCGACUAUUUCUCUCCCUAGUAUUCUUAUCAAGCAACAAUCGCUUGAACGAGGACGUGCUGGUCGAAUUUCUGAAGCUGGCCAUCUCUUGUGGAUUCUUGCGCGAUCUGAAGCAAGCACUCUCUAUGGAAGGACCAACAAUGAGGAUGUUCUCGGUAGCUUUACUAUCUGCUGCACUCGAAGUCACUGGAGAGGAGGGCCUCCAGCUCAUCCGCUACCUACUACAACAAGGAGUAAAUCCAAACAGUGUCUAUUCUUCCAGGACACCUUUGUGGCGGGCAGUCUACUCCAAGAACAAGGCAGCUGUCCGACUGCUCCUUGAAUACGACGCAAACCUACUGGCAUCCUUCCCGUCGCUGAAACUACAUAGCUCGUGUCAUAUGGAUUGCUACGAUGGCGAGUCACUUGCAAAAGCUUUGAUUGGCAUGAGACACCAGAUAUUAUGGGGAACCAAUCCUAAUAGGAGUAUUUCCCUCCCAACGCCAAUAUUUCUAGCCAUCCAAGCUGGAGAUGAAUUGCGAGUGAGGCGUCUCCUUGAGGCUGGAGCCGACCCAAACAUUUUCGAUACGGAGCACCUGUCUCUGUUGCAUGUGUCAAUCGAAUGCAAAAGCUCUGUAAUGAUCGAUUUGUUGGUUAAAUUUGGUGCGGAUCCAGAUUUAUUUUGUCGAACUGAGACCAUGGAAGCGCUCAUGUUGGCCCAUCCAGAGGUGUUUGACUUCAACAGACAUCAUAUUCACUCAAUAGUCACUCCUCUUCAGCGUGCUGCUGAGAAAGGGAAACUCAAUGUUGCUCGACAGCUUUUGCAGGCAGGCGCGAAUCCUGAUGGCACAGCUAUUCUCGACAUCCCAAUUACCAGGGGCAAAAGAUAUAACGAACUCAACUUUUCUCUGACUCCUCUCCAAAUUGCAAGUAGAGGAAAAAAGUGUGAGAUAGUGGAGAUGCUGCUCAAGGCGAGAGCAGGUGCCGACACUCGACGUGUUUUACAGUCAACUGCAUUGCAGUAUGCAUGUAGCCUGGAUUGUGGCGAACCAAACAAAAUGAAAAUAGUCAAGCUGCUUUUAGAACGGGGAGCUGAUGUAAAUGCCUCCCCGGGCCAGGAGAACGGAAAGAGUUGCCUCGAAGCUGCUGCUGGAGUUGGAGAUAUCGCUUUGAUCAAGACGUUGCUGAGGAAAGGAGCAGUUUGCAGCAACCCUCAUUCCUUUCUGAAAUUGGCCAUCAGAUCUGGCUCUAAGGAAUUGGUUAACUUCUUACUUGACUACUUCUCAAGGGCGGGCGAAUCUGCCGUCAAUGUGACACACAAUUGGAGCGAAUACCUCAAAAUAGCCGCCAAAUCCGGAAACGUUCAAUUGUUGUAUAUGAUUCUCGAGCUUUGUGUCGAUAGAGGCACGGGUAUCUAUGAGAAACAUGUUAUAGAUGCAAUGGAAGCUGCUGUUGACUGCUGCGACAGUACAAUGCUAGACCUCCUGUUCAUGCCCGGUAUCAACCCCGAUGCUGAUGGGAGGGCCUGUCGCAUCCUGAGCAAAGCUAUUCAGGUAUGGAAAAAUGACGAAGCUGACAGUUGCUUUGAUUUAUUGAUGGCCAAGUUCAUGGCUUGGGGUUUUGAUCUGGACAAACCUCUUCCCGGCGAUGCCACACCUUUCUGCACCGCAAUUUGGCUUCAUAACUGGAGGGCAACGCAAAGCUUGAUUGUUUCUGGCGUUGAUGUUGACAAGCCAUCUCUACGUUACGUUGGCUCUUCUGAUGGACCUGGUGACGGGAUGAGGAAUGAUAUACUCGAACCACCGCUUUUCCAGGCAAUCAGAAACCAUGCUGAGGAUGAAAAAGUCUGUCUAGCCAAUCUUCUAAUUACAAACGGGGCAAAUGUUGACAAUCUUGUUAACGAAUACAGGACUGCCCUCUUGUUGGCCCUGAAAUCACAAAAAUACGAAGUCGCAGAGAUACUACUCGGACAUGGGGCAAAUCCGAAUGCUGAAGAUCCAGAAACAGGAAUGGAUGCUUUCGAUUUCAUCUUCCAGAAUCAUCGGUGGCCCCCUUUUUCAACAUUCAAGUCGCUUGUUGAUCAUGGCCUUCGAGUGAAAGCAGGAUCUAACGGGGGAAUUCUGAUCCGAUUUAUUGCAGAAACCUCUGGGGGCGCCUCUAUCUACGAUUUUGACAGAUGGGAUGCUCUUGUGCCGGUAGCUUCUUUGCUGCUAGAUGCUGGAGCUGAAGUCAAUGCACGCCCGACGGAAAAGUACCCCAUGACAGCUCUCCAGUAUGCUGUAGAAGCCAAUCACAAAGAGCUUAUCACUAUCCUCUUGGCUGCAGGGGCUAACAUCCACGCACCGGCCUUUUGGAAAGAGGGAAAGACUACCCUUCAAGCAGCUUGUUAUGGUGGUAAUCUCGAGCUGGUCCAAAGCCUCGUUGCGCAGGGUCUGGAUAUAAAUGCUCAGUCUGCCUCACACUAUGGUGCAACUGCACUUCAGUUUGCUGUAAUGCAAGGGCAUUUCAAGAUAGUUAUCUUCCUUCUUGAGAACGGGGCCCUUAUCAAUGCUCCAGCUGCUUUGUUUGAAGGUCGGACAGCACUUCAAGGAGCUUCAGAACACGGGAUAUUAGAUAUGAUUUAUUUAUUGCUCGAGAACGACCAAGAUGAUGGGUUGGAGGAAAGAUGUCAGGACGCGGCGAAAUUUGCAGAGGCCCAAUCGCGUUUCGAGAUUGCACAGCUCUUGCGAGAGUACAAGAAAGUAUGA